CGCCCCCGACCGCCGGCGCGGGCAAGCGGCGGAGGCCGGCCUGGCGGCGGCCAUGGACCGCUUCUUGUGGACCAGCGGCCUCCUGGAGAUUAACGAAACCCUGGUGAUCCAGCAGCGCGGAGUGCGCAUUUACGACGGCGAGGAGAAGAUAAAAUUUGAUGCUGGGACCCUCCUUCUUAGUACACACCGACUAAUUUGGAGAGAUCAGAAAAAUCAUGAAUGCUGCAUGGCCAUUCCUCUUUCCCAAAUCGUGUUCAUUGAAGAACAGGCAGCUGGAAUUGGGAAAAGUGCCAAAAUAGUGGUUCAUCUUCACCCAGCUCCACCCAACAAAGAACCCGGUCCAUUCCAGAGCAGUAAGAACUCCUACAUCAAACUCUCCUUCAAAGAACAUGGCCAGAUUGAGUUUUACAGGCGUUUAUCUGAGGAAAUGACACAGAGAAGAUGGGAGAAUAUGCCAGUUUCCCAAUCAUUGCAAACAAAUAGAGGACCCCAGCCAGGAAGAAUAAGGGCUGUAGGAAUUGUAGGCAUUGAAAGGAAAUUGGAAGAAAAAAGGAAAGAAACGGACAAAAACAUUUCUGAGGCCUUUGAAGACCUCAGCAAGCUAAUGGUCAAGGCUAAGGAAAUGGUGGAGUUAUCAAAAUCAAUUGCUAAUAAGAUCAAAGACAAGCAAGGUGACAUCACAGAAGAUGAGACCAUCAGGUUUAAGUCCUAUUUGCUGAGCAUGGGAAUAGCCAACCCAGUUACCAGGGAAACCUGCGGCUCGGGCACACAGUACCACAUGCAGCUGGCCAAGCAGCUGGCUGGGAUGCUGCAGGCGCCGCUAGAGGAACGAGGGGGAAUAAUGUCACUCACGGAGGUGUACUGUUUAGUAAACCGAGCUCGAGGAAUGGAAUUGCUCUCACCAGAAGAUUUAGUGAAUGCGUGCAAGAUGCUGGAAGCACUAAAAUUACCUCUCAGGCUCCGAGUUUUUGACAGUGGCGUCAUGGUAAUUGAGCUUCAGAGCCAUAAGGAAGAGGAAAUGGUGGCCUCAGCCUUGGAGACAGUUUCAGAAAAGGGAUCCCUGACAUCAGAAGAGUUUGCUAAGCUGGUGGGAAUGUCUGUCCUCCUGGCUAAGGAAAGGUUGCUUCUUGCAGAGAAGAUGGGCCAUCUUUGCCGAGAUGAUUCAGUGGAAGGCUUGCGUUUUUACCCAAAUUUAUUUAUGACACAGAGCUGAGGGUUUUGUAUUUCAAAUCCUUCUUGUUCACGUACUCGUAUCAUGUAAACGUUGUAGGACAUUGAGCUCAGAGUAAACCCUGAUAAACUGAGAAUUUCUGGAACUUUAUACUAUACUAUACUAUACUAUAAAACCCUUUUAAUUUCUCCCUAAAUAUUAUGGUCCAGGAAAUUUACUUCAGAUAAAUAUAGGAAAAUACAGAAAACUGAAGGCUGCUAUGAAUUUGAAAUCAUGCUACUCUCAGAGUUUAACCUGAAAUAUGGUGGAUUUUAACUUGACCCUCCAAUCUAACCUUUUUUUUUUUUUUUUUUUUAAAGAAGGGAGUUUAGUUAAUGGGGGAAGAAAGAAGUUGCAUGUUUGGACAGGUUAGAUCAUUUUUCUGGUGUGACUAAAAUUCACUGAGUUAUAAACGAAGUUUUUCUCUGCAUCUAAUGUGCCCAUUUGGGGAGGUGGCGUUCAUGACGCAAGUCAUAGCUAGAGUAUAGCUUAAGAACUGACAGCACAGGGACAGAGCAUCAGACUGGGGGACACUGUAUGGGGCUCCUUCCCUAAGGGCUUUUCUUUAGAAGCAGUCAUAAACAUGUCUUCAACAUACACCUUAAAAAAGGAGAAAAUUGUCAUUGACUUACGUAUAUAUAAUCUAACUCGUUCUUUUUUUUCACAUGAUGUUCUCAUGGCUGGCAUUUAAAGAAUGUAACUAUCUCAUUUUGUUGAAAAAAAUGCUGUGGAUUUUGAAACUGAAUUAAUGAGCUGUAUAGACACACCCAGGGAUAUGAUUACAAAUUUGGAAAGUAGAAGGCCGAGGAAUUCCCUAGGAUUGUGUGGGUGGAGGGGCCGGGAGAACCUUUAAGUAACUUAACAGGAACCUUGGUGCUCUUUGACCUCGAAAGCCAAAGACAGGAACAAAGAAGGUGGACAAGUAAUCGGUUUCCUUUUCCUUCCUUUAAGGAGUUUCAACAAGACACUUUAAAAAAUCUUUCAUCUUCCAGCAAUACUUUUUUUUCUUUACCCCAUUUGUUAGAAGUUGUGUAGAGAAACUAUCUCACUGAGAAAUAUUACUGCAAUAACAAAAACUGGCUCAUAUUGAAUGUCGAUUGCUUGAGUUCUAAAGUGGA